GGAAGGGGCGUGACACGCACGCAGAAGCGGCCAGUGGGAAUCCGGGAGGCGGGUCCUCCGUGACAGCGGCGGCUGGAAGUGCUCCGAGGCGUUCGGAGGCGGCUGGUCUCCCCAUUCAUGGAGCGCGCGGCGGAGCCCAGCGCAGAACUUGCUAAAGUCAUCAAGCCUAUUGAUCGGAAGUCCGUCCAUCAGAUUUGUUCUGGGCAGGUGGUACUGAGUCUAAGCACUGCCGUGAAGGAGCUGGUAGAAAAUAGCCUGGAUGCUGGGGCCACUAAUAUUGAGCUAAGGCUGAAAGACCACGGAGUGGAUCUCAUUGAAGUUUCUGACAACGGGUGCGGGGUAGAAGAGGAAAACUUUGAAGGCUUAACUCUGAAACAUCACACUUCCAAGAUUCAAGACUUUGCUGACCUAACUCGGGUCGAGACUUUUGGCUUCCGGGGGGAAGCUCUGAGUUCACUGUGUGCCCUAAGCAAUGUGACAAUCUCCACCCGCCAUGCCUCAGCAGCAGUGGGGACUCGACUGACGUUUGACCACAAUGGGAGAAUCACCCAGAAAAGCCCUUACCCUAGGCCCAGGGGCACGACGGUCAGCGUGCAGCAGCUGUUCUCCACACUCCCUGUGCGCCACAAGGAGUUCCAGAGGAACAUUAAAAAGGAGUUCGCCAGGAUGGUCCAGGUCUUGCAGGCAUACUGCAUCAUCUCCACCGGCGUCCGGCUCAGCUGCACCAACCAGGUGGGCGCAGGGAAAAGGCAGCCUGUGGUGGCCACGACGGGGAGCGCCAGCGUCAAGGAAAACAUCGGGUCUGUGUUUGGGCAGAAGCAGCUGCAGAGCCUCAUCCCGUUUGUCCAGCUGCCACCGAGCGACCCCGUGUGUGAAGAGUUCGGGCUGAGCUGUUCUGAUGCUCUGCAUAACCUGUUGAGCAUCUCAGGCUUCAUCUCUCACUGUGCUCACGGUGUUGGCAGGAGCUCAGCGGACAGACAGUUUUUCUUUAUCAACCGGAGGCCCUGUGACCCAGCCAAGGUGUGCAGGCUCGUGAACGAGGUCUAUCAUGGGUAUAACCGCCACCAGUACCCCUUUGUUGUCCUCAACAUCUCUGUUCACUCAGAAUGUGUUGAUAUCAAUGUCACUCCUGAUAAAAGGCAAAUCUUGCUGCAAGAGGAAAAGCUUCUGCUGGCUGUUUUAAAGACGUCUUUGCUAGCGAUGUUUGACAGUGACGCCAACAAACUGAACGUCAGCCAGCAACCGCUGCUGGACAUUGAAGGUAACCUAUUAAAGAUGCACUCCACAGAAAUGGAAGCACUUCCCUCAGAGACGCAAGACCACCGUGCUUCACCAGGGCUUGGAGGAGAGGAGAAAAGGGCAGCGUCCAUCUCCAGGCUGAGAGAGGCCUUCUCUCUCCGUCACCCCCUGGGGAACACGGUCCAGGGGUCCAGGACCACUGACCCCAAGCGGGUGUCUCCCAGACAGAAAAGGAGCCCCCUGUCCUGCAGCACUGGGAAGACCCUCUUCUUCCAGAAAUCCGUUCUCAGCACAGACUUCCCUAGCCCUCAAGACAAGGGUUCCUGCGACCUUCCAGACAGAGCGGACAGACAAAGGGACUCAGGGUACAACAGUAUUUCCACCAGCUCAGAGGAAGGGGCCAGCACCCCAGAAAUGGGCAGUCUGUCCAGCAGCAACCCUGCAGGCUGCUCACCUAAGGAUGAGUUCUUACAAGAAAAUACGGAGUCUCAAGAGAAGUCACCCGACACUGGUAGCUUUUCAGACAGCACGUGUCAGUUAGGCCCAGAACAGGGUGGGUGUAAAGGCAGAGAUUUGCCUCAGCCAACUGGUGUCUCAGCCCCCAACAUGAAACGUUUGAAAAGAGAAGAAAUCCCUCAAGAGGCAGCUGCUCCUCAGAACGUGUCAGCGUCUCAGGCUGAUGUGGCUGUUAAAAUUAGUAAGAAAAUAACGCCUCUCAACUUCUCCAUGAGUUCCUUAACCAAACGGAUCAAGCAUUUGCAUCACCAACAACAGCAAAGAGAAAGUGAACAGAAUUACAGGAAGUUCAGGGCCAAGAUUUGCCCUGGAGAGAAUCAAGCUGCAGAAGAGGAGCUGAGAAAGGAGAUCAGCAAAGCGAUGUUUGCAGAAAUGGAAGUCAUUGGCCAGUUCAACUUGGGCUUCAUCAUCACCAAGCUGCACGCCGACCUCUUCAUCGUGGACCAGCAUGCCACGGACGAGAAGUACAACUUCGAGAUGCUCCAGCAGCACACCGUCUUGCAGGGCCAGCGGCUGAUCACACCUCAGACUCUUCAUUUAACAGCCGUCAAUGAAGCUGUUCUCAUAGAAAAUCUGGACAUCUUCAGGAAGAACGGCUUUGACUUCGUUAUUAACGACAGUGCUCCUGUCACCAAGAGGGCCAAGCUGGUCUCCUUGCCGACGAGUAAGAACUGGACGUUUGGCGUCCAGGACAUAGAUGAACUGAUCUUCAUGCUCAGCGACAGCCCAGGCAUCAUGUGCCGGCCUUCGCGCGUCCGGCAGAUGUUUGCCUCCAGAGCCUGCCGGAAGUCUGUGAUGAUCGGAACCGCCCUUAAUACCGGCGAGAUGAAGAAGCUCAUCUCCCACAUGGGGCAGAUGGACCACCCCUGGAACUGUCCCCACGGCAGGCCCACCAUGCGGCACCUGGCCAACCUGGAUGUGCUGUCCCGUGCCACGGCCCAGUAGACAGUGUCGCCCACUCUUCCACCAGUGAAGGACAGAGCCCUCCAGACAGGCCCCUGCCCGGCAUGAACGUGCAGCAGGCAAGGGCUGCGUUUUGGGAAUUAGGAGGCUGCUGGGGACUUGGACUCACGCAUGAGGCUGAACAAUUAAUUCUGUGAUGGCUGACUUUAUUUGUAUUUACUUAAAUUCAGAAUGAUGGUCCUUCAGGCUUGGUGGUUCCUAGCCCUGAUGAACACUGAGUGUUGUUUUUUUGUACUAUGUGCGCUUAACCUGGUAUGCCACCGGCUAGCCCCCCGAGUGGUUUUUUUGUUUUUGUUUUUAAGGAAUGAUCCAGAAAAUUUGGUGUGUGUGGGUCUGGUCUGGGGGAAGAAGGCAGCAGGACCUGGGGUCCCUGUAUUAAAGUUUCCAGGGCAGCACAGUGUCCCAUAAGAGGGAUAAAGAUUGAUUUAAGA